AUGUCAACAGUCGACAAGAUCAAAGAAAUCGAAGCCGAAAUGGCUAGGACGCAGAAGAACAAAGCAACAGCGCGUCAUUUGGGCUUGCUAAAGGCUAAACUGGCGAAAUUGAGAAGAGAAUUGCUGACUCCUUCAGGGGGUGGAGGUGGGGGUGGCGAGGGAUUUGAUGUAGCAAAGACGGGUGUUGCAAGAAUAGGCUUUGUAGGUUUUCCGUCAGUCGGAAAAUCGACCCUGAUGUCAAAGUUAACAGGCACAUAUUCUGCCGUCGCCGCUUAUGAAUUUACAACAUUGACUACGGUUCCUGGAGUGCUUCAAUAUAAAGGGGCGAAAAUUCAGAUCUUGGAUUUACCUGGGAUUAUAGAGGGUGCACAGGACGGCAAAGGUCGUGGCCGACAAGUGAUUGCAGUGGCCCGCACAUGUUCCCUGAUAUUUCUUUGUCUGGAUGUAUUAAAGCCUCUCACAGACAAACGCCUCAUCGAACGCGAGUUAGAAGGCUUUGGUAUCCUUCUCAACAAAUCUCCUCCAAACAUCUCGUUCAAGAAAAAAGAUAAAGGGGGAAUCAAUAUGACGAAUACUGUCCCGCUGACGAAUUUGGAUUUGGAUCAAGUGAAGGCUGUCCUGGGAGAGUAUAGGAUUCAUAAUGCGGACAUCAAUUUUAGAUGUAAUGCUACAGUGGAUGACCUCAUCGAUGUUAUCGAAACGAGAAUUUAUAUUCCGGCUAUUUAUGUACUUAAUAAGAUUGAUCAAAUUAGCAUCGAAGAAUUGGAUUUAAUUUACAAGAUUCCGCACGCAGUCCCCAUUUCGGCUCAUCAUGAAUGGAACUUUGAUGAAUUAUUGGAUAGAAUGUGGGAAUAUCUCAAUCUAACUAGAAUUUACACAAAGCCAAAGGGCCAAUUACCGGAUUACAGCGCACCUGUUAUACUUCGGCAGAAUAAUCGAAGCGUUGAAGAUUUCUGUAACAGUAUUCAUAAGACCAUUGUCAAGGAAUUCAAGUAUGCUCUCGUUUGGGGAAGUUCAGCAAAACAUCAACCUCAAAAAGUGGGCUUGACGCAUGUGUUAAAUGAUGAGGAUGUUGUACAGAUUAUAAAAUAA